AUGGCCCAAAGGUUAUCACCAUUCGAUUUGCAGACAUGCGCUCGGCCCAAUAUCUUGAAGCUGCAGCCCUACCGGUGCGCUCGCGAUGACUACAAAGAUGAUGGGACGAACGUGCUUCUCGACGCCAACGAGAAUGCCUAUGGUCCUGGAUUGGCAUUGAACAAUGAAGGUGCAUUGCAGGCGUCGCAGACUGGUGAUGCGACGGGCGCAUCCAAGCCUGAGAUUGAUUUCUUGGGUUUGAACCGAUACCCCGAUCCUCACCAGAUUGAGCUGAAGCAGCUUUUCUGCAACCUCCGUAAUACCCACCACCACACACAAAAGACCCUCCGCCCCGAGAACAUGUUUGUCGGAGUUGGAUCUGACGAGGCAAUCGAUGCGCUGCUGCGAUGCUUCUGUGUCCCCGGCAAGGACAAGAUCCUCACCUGCCCGCCUACCUACGGCAUGUACAGCGUGAGCGCACAGGUUAAUGACAUCGAGAUCGUCAAGGUGCCGUUGGAUGUGAACAAUGGGUUCCACCUGCAGCCCGAUAAGGUCAACGAGGCCCUAUCGGCAGACACCUCGAUUAAGCUGGCGUACAUCUGCUCCCCGGGUAACCCGACGGCGAACCUGAUCCGCAAGGAAGAUAUCCAAAAGGUGCUGGAGCACCCGACGUGGAAUGGUGUCGUCAUUGUGGACGAGGCAUAUAUUGACUUUGCCCACGAGGGUGCCAGUUUGGCCGAGUGGGUGAACGACUGGCCCAACCUCGUCGUGAUGCAGACCCUGAGCAAGGCCUUUGGUCUAGCGGGUAUUCGACUAGGCGUUGCUUACUCCAGCCCCGAGAUUGCCCAGUUGCUAAACAGCCUAAAGGCACCCUAUAACAUUUCCAGUCCGACAAGCGCGCUAGCCACGGCUGCGCUGACGGCCCCCAAUAUGGCGGUGAUGCGCGAGUACCGUGAGAAGCUUGUCGCUCAGCGUGACCGGUUGCUCCGCGAGCUGCCGCAGAUCCCCGGUGUGGGCCGGUUCCUGGGUGGCCAGGACUCGAACUUCUUGCUGGUGGAGAUGCUCGACGCUGAAGGGCGGCCUAGCAACGUCACCGCUCUGGCGGCGUACGAAUCUAUGGCCGAGAAGCGUGGGGUGGUGGUGCGAUUCCGGGGCAAGGAGUACGGGUGUGAGGGCUGCUUACGCAUUACGGUCGGUACUGAGGCCGAGGUCACCAAGUUCUUGCAGGAGCUACGCGUGGUGUUGGAAGGAGUACGCAGCGGCGCCGGCUUCUAG